GCAUGCUAAUGAUCUUAACUGAUGGCUAACGCGAGACGAACACUUUUUAAUUUUUGCAUUCUUAGAAAAACUUUUUAAGGCUAUUAAUAUUGUAGGGUUGCACGAGGCUCGGGAUGACAGGUAGAGGGCUACACAUGCAGUGUUCCAAUUAAAAUACGAGGUCAGCGGCUGAGUCAGAGGGUAACGGAUUAAUUAGCAUAUUCGUCUAGAAACCGAGCUGUCUCCGAGUAGUAGGCUUCGGAGCCGGGGUGAUGGAUUGGAUGAGUGUCGUCCGUGCUCCGGAGGGACGCGCGUGGGCGGUGUCAUGACAGCCAAAAUCUGCACUUUCCUACCGACUUUCUCUCUCGGAGGUGCGAACGUUGGGGGCUCGAUGGUUAUUCGGUAGCUGGCGCCGCAUAAGUGUACGCGCUCUAAUCGCGCGGCAACAUCGGUCGGGUCGUUCGCACGGUGCAUCGCGUCUUCGAUAUUCAAAGCACCUGCAUGCGGUUCCCUUGUGCGAGUUUAUAAAGUGGUGCGCGAGAGUGGAGGACCAGUUGGCUGGAGUGCGAUGCCAGUGCGAGAUGGCGACGAGAGUGCACCUCGUGACCGCGGCGCUGCUGCUACUGCUGCGCGCGCGCGCUUCUGCCCCUGCGCAUUUUCCUGACCUACUACAACUCCCAAGCUGGUGGCUGGGCGAUGGCGCCGAGCAGGCUACUGACGUGCAAGUGGUCUACCUGCCGGCGCUGCUGCCGCUCGAGGCUCAGCAGUCGGCGGGCCGUGGAGAUGAUGUACCAGUUCCAUACAGCUUCGAUGCCUUCGGUCGGAGUUUCUCCCUACGCCUGGUCCCGAACCGACGUUUGGUGGCUCGGGCAUUCGGCGUGUGGUCGGAGCGUGGGCGUGACGGACCGCUGUCGGCGGUUGACGCUUCCUGCCACUUCCAGCACGCCGGUGUUGAUGCUGUUGCCGCGUUCUCAGCCUGUAAGGACCAUGCAUUGCACGGGCUGAUCGUCGUAGACAACUCCACAUACGAGGUGCGUCCGCUGCCGGCGGGCGUGGGUCGCGCGGCGGACGGCGGGCGCGCCGCGCACAUGAUCCGGCGCGCGCCGUCGCCGCGCGCGCCGGCCGACGACGCGCGCACGCUCCGCCCGCGCCCGCGCCGCCCCCGCGCGCCCUACCCGCACAAACCGCCCCCGUCCAGCUACACCAUCGAGAUCGCCCUGUUCCUGGACGAGGCGGCUUACAAGACGUUCAACCCGUACUUUAAUUAUAAGGAGGCUGAAUUGAGGGAUAUGUUGCUGGCGUAUAUUAAUGGAGUGCAAGCGCUGUACCAGCACUGGUCCCUCGGCACCCACAUCCAGUUGUCCCUGGUGCGGCUGACCUUGCUCCGAACCCAGCCGGUAGCAUUAUCUCGGCAUGCAGAGCGCGGUCGCCUGUUAGACUCCUUCUGCGCAUACCAGCGGUCGCUCAACGUAGAAGAUGACAAUGAUCCGGAGCAUUGGGAUAUGGCUUUACUUCUCUCAGGAAUGGACCUGUACUCGGAGGAAGGCGGGCGGCGCAACGGCGUGACGAUGGGGCUGGCGCCGGUGGGCGGCGUGUGCCUGCCGGCGCACGCGUGCGUGGUGGCGGAGUUCGGCGCCGCCGACGCGCUCGGCCGCCCCUACCCCUCCGCCGGCUUCACCUCCGUCUACAUCCUCGCGCAUGAGAUCGGACACAACCUGGGCAUGCACCACGACGGCGCGGGCAACUCGUGCGCGCGCGACGGCUACAUCAUGUCGCCCUCGCGCGGCACGCACGGCGAGGCCACGUGGUCGCCCUGCAGCGCGCGCGUCGUCGCCGACCUACAGUGGGCCACGUGUUUGCUGGACGGGCAGGAGCCCGACAUCGAGGACGUGGAGGAUGAGCUGAGGCACGAGCGAUUCGGCGGCGCGCCCGGACAAGUGUGGGGCGCUAAAAAGCAGUGCGAGGUGCUACUCCGCGACGUGGACGCCGCGCCGACGGCGGCGCCGGCCGCGUCGCUGUGCGCUCAGCUCGCGUGCCGCACGCCGCACCGCGCCGGCUUCUACUACGCCGGCCCUGCGUUACCCGGCACCUCCUGCGGAUAUCGUAUGGUACGCUCUCACUGGGACCAUCUAACCACAGUAUAAUAAAGAGUACUAUCGUACAGUAUGGUCACUCCCGCUCCCCGCUGAAAGUGCCGCCCGCCCCCU